GCCACACGCGCACAUAACUGCUGCUGUUUCGGUGCAAGUCAGAUAACUUCAGCGGCUCCCCAGUAUCGGAAAAGGCACCUGGCAAAGGAAAGGCCGCGAAGAAUGCAGCCUCACGCUGCUGCUCUAUGUAUAAGCUCCAUGAGCUUGUGUAGGGCCAGGGGACUCGUGGCUGUCGCCCGGCCCCGCCUAGAUGUUGCAUUUGCACUGGGACCUCGGCCUCGCCCUCAGCGCCAAGGUGUAUCGGUGAAGGCGGGCGAGGUGUCACUGCCAUACCCAAAGCCUGAGGCCAACGACCUGGACCUGGGCACCUGCAACGUGGCGGCGGUCGUCGUGGACAACCAGUCCGACCCCAAGUUCACAGUGCUGGAGAUCAUGGCGCCCGAUCAGCCGGGACUGGUCCGCGUGCUGUCAUGGGUCCUGAACGGCAUGCAGGUGCGGGUUCACCACGGGCUGCUGGAGACGAACGCGGAGGGCAUGGCGCGCGACCGGCUGUGGGUGACGGACUUCCGCAACCGCAAGCUUAAGAACUCGUCUGCCGAGUCGCUUGGCGCUCGCCUGGAGGACUUCAUGAUCAUGUGCGGCCCGAGUGAGGCCGAGCACCAGACGAGCUGGGUGUGCGGUGCCAUCGAGGUGUCCAAUGACGCCAACCCUGACUUCACACAAGUUGUCAUUCGCGGUGAGCCAACAGCCCACAAGCCGGGGUACCUGCUCGACCUCGCUACAGCCCUCACCAGCAUUGGCGUUAGCAUCCAGGAGGCCGUGAUUCAGGGCGGGCCGGACGUGCCCGCGCCCGAGCUGGCUGUUGCGGAGCCCGGCUAUGACUUUGUGAAGUCCGGCCGCGUGUUCAAGUUCCUGCUCAAGGGGCCCGCCGGCGGCAAGAUGACGGCUGACAGCGUGGCGUCGCUGAUCUUCACUCUGCGGCUGCUGGAGGGCAAGGGGACCAUGCCCACAGUUGCACCCAACAUGGACGCCCUGCUCAAGCUGGGGGACAAGUGCCGCAACUGAUCAAUAAAUCAGAGAAGAGUAAUUCGGUGUAGUGCUUAGUUACUGGUGAGCAAAGCCAUGCCUAUGGGGCUUCAGCGCCUGCAUUGGAUGCCUGCCUGGGCACCACGCGGCAAGCCGAUGCUGGGCGGCGGAAUGUGGCGCAACAGCAGACGCAUAACAGCCGCAUGACGCUGCCUCCAGGGAGCGUGCGUGCGGGCAGGGCGUGCAUGUGUAUGUGUUUUUGUGCGUGGGCAGUGCACAGGCGUGUGGACGCGGCUGCGGGACAAGGCCUACAUGCUGCAAGUACGGUAGAUCGUAGGAAUAAUUGAUAGGCCGCAUGCAUCUGAGGAGCAGCACCUGUGUGUGAAUAGAGGCACAGAGAGCUUCCAUGCAUGCAAGAAACGUGCAUGUUUGUAUGCAAGUAAGGUAGGUCGCAUUGUUGCUUCAAAGGCGCUCGUAGCAUUCAGCAGGUAGAUCGAUAGUGUCGCAGCAGGGCCUGAGUUUUGUUUAAAACGCUGGCCUCCUCACACCCACAGAACCGUCUUAGACCUUUCGGCCUUCCGCAACUGCAGCGGCGGUGGCUGACACGUGCGGCGGUGGUUGACACAUGUAUGCGGCACUGUUUAUCGGUGUUUUCUGCAGGGGUGCGUGGAUGGAGGGUUUGAGAGAUAGACCUGCGUGACUGUACGUGUGAGCACCACGCACUGUCAUGCUGCAGCAUCUGGCGCGUUACUGCUGCUUGCGCAUCAUACGCAAUUUGCCUGCUGCCUGGUAAUUGGCCCACCGAUAAUCUGAUUCUUUUGUUUUUGUAUGUGGAGCGCUCUUCCGCCGCACAAAGGGUGGCGCAUCAACAGCAUUGUGCACGCAGCCAGGUUGGUUCAGGGUUGGAGCUUUCGAUAUCUUGGAAUUAGGGUGCGUUGCUGAAUGUUUAUGUUGCACAGCACCCGUCUGGCUUUGCGUGCGUGCACGUACGUACCGGCGGUAUGUCCUUUGAAGAGCGCGUGGAGACUCCGGUUGCUUAGCUAGCCCUCCUGUACUACUGCGUGCGUCGUUGGCAAAGAGGUAGGUAGCACACUGACAACGUGGUGGAACCACCCUUAGGGCGCGGCGCGUGGCCUUGCUUGUUUGCUUGUGAUGAUGAAUCUGACGAAGGUGCUGCAUAGUACGGCGGGUUGCCCAUAGGUGUAGGUGUCCGUGUGAGCUCGAUAUCACUGCGUCACUCCACCCGUUGUGCGCAUGCAUGUACCCAUAGGAUUGCGGAGAAAACUCGAGAAACACGAAGAACGUGUUCGCUGAUGGUACUGUCAGGGCCGAAUGUAAGUUGCGCGGGGCACCGACGGCCAGCAUCGGUCGGGAUCGGUUGUACUUUUAUCGACUUGGCUGCAUGGGCUGUUAACCCGUUGAUUGGUGAUUGGCUCAUGCCCAGCAGCCCCCGCAAGCCCCCGCCCAGCCCCUGCUGCCCAGCCCCGCCCACCCCAGCCCAUGGCCUGCCUCCAGCCGCCGCCAAAUACACAUCCCUGUGCAAUCGCGUGGCCGCUGAGUUGCGGACAAGUGGUGGCGAUGCAGCAGGGCUGCUGGCGGGCGGGUUGCUCGGUGGGGGCUACAGUGUGGGCGUUGGGUUCCCCUGCUUGCUGUUGGGCGGGGCGGGCGGGGCCUGGUAUGCUUCUGUGCUGCGUGUGAUUGUGGUGGUGUGGAUAGUGGCGGGCUCAGCGACGGCCUAGGUCUCGGGCUUGAGGCCAUUCUGGGUGAGAGCCGGGCCGGCGCCGUGCAUGAUUGGCGUCGGGAAAUAGCGUCGAGACGCUGGGGUCGUGCGCUGGGGUCUGCUGCAUAAUUGGGAGGCUUAAAUCUCUGCGCAGCCACCCCUGCCUUACUAAGUGCAGUUAGGUGCAGUGCUUGCUUGCCACGUGCGACGUAACGUACGGUCCCCGC